UCUGAGAAUUGAGAUACUCCAAUUAUAAUGUCCAGGUAUUGAAACUCUAUCCCACAACGAUAAACCUAAAACCCUGGAGUCAAGCAUGGCUGCGCUGCUGCCUUCUACGGAGCAUCCAACACAAAUUCCAGAUAACAGUUCCCAGACCGGCAAUCCCGUUGUUGAAGUUCAAAAUACCAUACAGAAAGCUUUCAAUGAUUACAAGUUCUUCCUCGAUGACCUUACUCAAAAGGCAAACAUAUUAAAGCCUACCUAUGAGGUUCGUAAUGAGGGCCCUGAACAUGCCCCGCGGUACAGAGCAACCGUUUUAGUAUGUGGAAAGCGUUAUACUUCUCACACUACAUUUACUCAGCAAAGGAUUGCAGAGCAGGACGCUGCCAGGGUUGCUUUGGAUUGUAUUCCACCAAAUGCUUUCGAUAAUAUUGCACAAAAAACAGACGAUGUGGAAAAGCUUCUGGAUAUUGAAGAGUAUGCAUUAUUGUGCAAAUCUAUCCUAAAUGUGUUCGCCAUGAGGAUGCAUUUCCACAAACCAACUUAUAAUGCAAUCCAUAUCCACCCAAAUGUCAAAUCUGUCGUUUCUUUUAAUGGCAAGAAUUAUACCGGAGAACCUGCCAAACACAAAAAGAAGGCUGACCAGUUAGCUGCUCGUGCUGCAAUUCUCUCCCUCUUAGAGUCUAAACUCAAGGAUGCCUUAUUAAACACGAUCAUAUCCGAGGCUGAGCAGGUGUUUGCUAAAUUAAAUGACGUUGGAGAGGAUGAUUCAAUGAUUAAUGCUAUUGAAAGUUUACUGUCUGGUUCGGAAACAGUUUCAAGUGCUCAAGUUAUGAGUCCGCCAAACCAUGAAUUCAAUAAGCCAGUGGUUCAGUCUUCAACAGUGAGCGUAGCCCUACCAAAAUCAUUGCGGGUGCCCCCCUCAGUUCAGCAAUACAUUCAAUAUGUGCAUAGAUGUGGGCAGAAGCGGAAAUGGAAUGACAAGUAAAAGGCUAAGAAACGUGCACAAGUUGGUGCUCAGUCUCCUGUUGCUCUAAUGCACCCCAGUCAAGUUUAGGAUGGAGUGGCAAAUUCAAUGCAUCACAUUUUCAGAUAAUAUUCAUUGUAACAAAUGAAGAAUAGAGAUCUAUAAUACUUUUUAUCUGUCAUACUCACUAUUUAUUGGUC